AUGCCGUCCCGAUUACUUCAACACCUCAGGUCCAAGUCGACGGCAUCCCCAACGGGACAUCAGGAACACAUGUGGAAGGAAGAGUUGAAGGAACCAUCACCUUCAUCCUCCUCCUCAUCCUCCUCUUCAGCAUCCACCAAUGUGCCAUCAUCCUCCUCUUGCUUUUCCGAGAAUCCAAAUAUAACAACGGCAAACCGCAAUACAAAUUCGGACUCUAAUCACCAACUUGUACCAUCAUGUACUUUGACAUCUUUGGGUCCUAACAAUAACAACAACAUGAGCAACAACAAUAAUGAUUGUAAUAAUACCUCUACCACCACCACCCAUAACGACAACAACACAAAUACCACUAACAGCAAUAACAAUUUAGAGGAAUUUUCAAGAAUCAGCAAAAGGGUAUCCUUCUUUACAUCACUGCAUUCAAUGAAUGAAAGUGGUUUAUUCGAGAGUUUGAACGAUGAGGACGAGUUGGUAGCAAUGGGUAGCGAUGGUUCAUCUUCGGGGCAUAAACCAGCAACCGCCCCAAAUGGUGGGAUGGUGAAUAGAAGCACCACAGAGAGCGUCGUUCCCUCUGCAUCAUCAUCAACGAGCCAAGAACAACAAGAAACAACACCAGAUAAUCCAUCCAACCAAUCUUCUUCUAAUGAUAAUGUCAACAAAAAGCCUCCUUCCCUUACCAAUAUUGAAGUUCCAACCACAGAAAAAACAUCAGCAAAAUUAUUGGACUCCUCGCCAAGUAACUCUAAAUCGAAUAUUACCAACAGCAAUGCAUACCGACCGUCUCACGUACGAGGAUGGAGCUCUACUGUAUCACCACUCUCUCCUUCAGAUUUUGCAAUUAAAACCAUGCCGGCCCGAAACAGAGGCAACAGCUCAUCCUUCAACAAUUUAAUCAGUAUGCAUUAUAGCCCUUUAUUAUCAAGCAAUAAGAUGCAAACCAACACGACGUCACCAAUGGCAUAUUCAGCGAAUACAUCCAACGCAAUUACCAUAUCCAACAAUGGUAAAGGAACGCAUGAUGGAGGUAGCUCGGGAAGCAGUGGCAGCGGUAGUGGAGGUACACCAUUGCAAUUCGUAACUGGUAGUGUUGGAAGUGGAGGAAACCCACUUCUCGCCUCAUUUAGUAGCUCUUCUUACGCAUUGUCAAACAAUUUUGGAUUGGGAGGAAAACUAACGAGAGGAAUGAGUGUGACAAAUUUCCAACCACCUGCACUUAAACGAGCUCAGAGCGUAUUACAUCAUAACAAACCUCCUGUGGCAAACUCAUUUGGUAGACACAAUAUUGACCCAAAAUGGGAUAUGAGAAAAGAUGACUGUUUUGGAGAGGACCUCAUAGAUCUGUUGGAAGAUGAAUCAAGUCCAGCCAUCACCAAAAAAUCAACACCACUUGCUAAGCAAGCUUCUGUGUUCGCAGCUGCAAGCGCUUCUUUUGCUAUUAACAACAAUGGUGACAGAGCAUCUCCAAGACUUUUAUUUUCAAACUCGAGGGAUCGUGCUAUGAGUGUUGAUCAUACAACGGCAAUGUUUGAUAGAGUUGGAAAUGUUUUAAAAGAACGUGCCAAAGUAGUUCAACUUAAGAUGAACAGAGAUUUGAAAACAUUUUUAUGGGAAAUGAAGGACAUGGAAGUUAUGAGCUCUGACCUCGAACAAAUUGAGAAAAUUGCAAAGGACAUUUUGGAUUGUAAAUCCAUUGAUGAUUUAUGCAACAGAGAUUUCAUGAAAGAAUUACAGACACUGUUACAGACAUGCGUCUCAAACUAUGCUACCCUAACUCAUCAAAGUUGUUCACCAUCUAUGCAUGUUUUAUCUGCUACUCCCACAAUGUCCAGCCUGAUUUUAGGGAGUGUACUGAAUAACAUUGACCCUAAGGCUGUGACAGAGAAUUUUGAAGUUUUAAAACAGGCUAAAAAAUUAAUAUUUAUUUACAGUCGAAUCAACAGAGUGUUGGAACUGUACAAGAAACAUUUAAUCGAAGAAGCUAAUAGAGAACAAAUCAAACGUCAACGUGUCAAAUCAGUCAUUGAAAAUGUUGAACCAAAAGAUGACAGUUAUGACAGUUCUGGCUCUCAAGAUAGCACGAACAAAAGACCAAAUUCUUCAUUGUUAAAGCCCAUUGACGAAGAAGAUACUUCAUCAACAAGCGUCUCACCUCGAAGGUCCAGUGUUAGUUCUAACUCAAAAUUUGAAAUUAUUGGAGAAUCAUCUGACAUUGAUUCUCCUAUUAGCUCUCCUAGGUCAUCACUUUCAAAUAAUGGAACACCAACUACUGGAAGCAAGGAGCCUGUAACUCCAUCCUCGGAGAAGAAAAAAGCUUCUGAAGGCUUCUUUUCCAAGUUCUUUGCCAAGUUUGCAAAGAGAGAUGACAGCCCAACACUGACUCCCACGAUCAUUACUGACAAAAAGUCCAGGUCAGCUAACAAUACUCCAACAACAGAUCCAAAAAAGAAGGACAAGCAAGAAAAGGAUUCAAAUGUGAUCGAAAUCUUGUGUAGAAUUUGUGAAGAGCUAGUUCCAAGUACUCAAUUAGCUGAACAUAGCGCCACUUGUGCAGUGAAGCAUAAGGUAGAAAUGCAAAGUAUUACUGUUUUUGAGAAACUAAAAAAUGUUAGAAAAGCUCUGGAAAAGACUGUGAAAAAGAAAAAAACAACUUCUCUCUACAAGCUUCUUAAAAUUGCAAAAAAGGCAGAGAAUAGUAAGGACAGAACCCAGCUACAAGAAAUCAUUGGAACUUUGAAUCAAAUAAUUGAAGAACAUAAGGAUGAAAAUUUUGUUGGAAAUAAUUAUCGAGUGACCGUUUAUGCUAAAAGACUUUUGGAUGUGAUUGAGGCCAAAUGUACAGCCCUUCUUCAUGAAGAAAAACAAUCCUCUGCAACCAAAAAGAAAAUCAAAAUCUCAGACUUUGAAAUUAUCAAACCAAUUUCUAGAGGUGCUUAUGGAAGAGUUUAUCUUGCUCAAAAGAAAACAACCAACGAUAUCUAUGCAAUUAAGGUCAUUAAGAAGCAGUAUCUGUACAAUCACAAGAACGUUGGUAAAACCUUGACCAACGAACCAGAUCUCCUUGCAGAAAGAACAAUUAUGAAGGUACUCAUGGAGAACAAUGAACAAUCUCCAUUCAUCGUUAAUUUUUACUAUUCCUUUGCUGGUAAGAGAUAUCUGUAUAUUGUGAUGGAAUAUUGCCCAGGAGGUAGUCUUGACUGUUUACUUGCAGACAAGCUCGAGAACGGAGAGGCUUUUGAUAUCGAUACUGUCCGACACAUUGCUGCAGAAACUAUCUUAGCCUUGUAUGACCUGCAUCAUAACAAAAUUGUUCACAGAGAUUUGAAACCUGAUAAUAUGUUAAUUGAUCGAAAUGGUCAUUUAAAGCUCACAGAUUUUGGUUUGAGUGAGAUUGGUUUAUUGGACAGAGAGGAUGAACAAACCUCAGCAAGUAAACAAUCAUUAGACAGUCUAAGGCAAGAUGACGAUGAGAGCGAAAUUCAAGUCAGAGGUACACCUGACUAUUUGGCUCCUGAACUCUUAUUGGGUAUGCAACACAAUGAGGCAGUAGAUUUUUGGAGUUUAGGAUGUAUUUUGUUUGAGCUUCUCUUUGGAUGUCCACCAUUUAACGAUGAAACACCAGAAUAUAUUUUCGAUAAUAUACUUUCGAGAAACAUUAAUUGGGUGGAUGAAAGACUACUACCUCCAGAAAUUGUUUCAAGUGGAGUGAUAGAUUUUAUUGACAAACUUCUCGAUCCAAAUCCAGAAACUAGGCUGAAUGACAAAACAGCCAGAGAACAUCCAUUCAUGCAAGGUGUUGAUUGGGAUAAGGUUUUAAAGGAACCGCUUGGAGUGCUUCCUAAUGUAACCAAUCUCCUCGACACCUCAAAGUUUAAACCUAGAGAAGAAAACUAUCCAAUGCACUUCAAAGGUGACUCUAUGGAUGCAAAAUCUCUGAGUGAUAUCGAUGAUUCCAGCGAGAGUUUAACAGAGCAUACAGAAAUGAACAUGGCAGGAUCUGUCUUCACUGACAUGCAAACACCUCCACAAGGUAUGAAGCAAGUGGCUGCAUCUCACAUAAGUUCAAGUUUUCACUCUGGUACCUAUGGUAGCUAUAUUUCUCCAGGAACUUCCAUUACUCCUUCGUCACUUGGUAUGGCAAGCCCUAGUUUAGUUGGUUCUGUCAUUGACUCAUUUUCAUUUCCAGAACACAUCAAUACAGCAGCCUUAAGUCGACUGAAUGAGGAAAUGUUACGCCGACAACAACAAGGACAACAACAGCAAAUUGACUCAAAUGCAGUUCCAAGAAAUGAUCUAACAGCUGCCAGCAGUUCUAGUAGCAGCGGUCAUUCCAAUAUCAGUGCUUACUAA